AUGUCCACCCCACGAAACACGCUCGCCCAACACUUCAAAUCCCUCCACCGCCCGCGCCACCCGUUAAUCCUCGCCAACGUCUACGACGCCGCCACCGCGCAAACCGUCGCCUCCCUCCCCUCCGCCCGGGCCAUCGCAACCGCCAGCUACGCCGUCGCCGCCGCCGCCGGCACGUCGGACGAGGAACUCCCGUGCGACGAGCUCCUCGGCUCGGCGACCGCCAUCGCCUCCGCCGUCCGCCCCACCGGCAAGCCGCUCAGCAUCGACAUCCGCGACGGCUACAACACGCGGCUCCCCAUGAUCAUCCAGAGGCUACUGGAUGCAGGGGUCGUCGGCGUCAACCUGGAGGACUUCUACAACGCCGCCAAGACGAUGUACAGUCCCGCGGAGGCAGUCCAGCGCGUCCGGACGGUGUUGGGCGAGGCGCGCGCGGCGGGCGUGCCGGACUUUGUGGUCAAUGCGCGGUGCGACGCGCUUCUGCAUGGCGGCACACUGGAGGAGGUGAUUGCGCGCGGGCGGGAGUAUUUGGCGGCCGGGGCGGCGACGGUGUUUGUGUGGGGUGGGGCGAAGCGGGGUGGGAUUACGCGGGAAGAGGUGGGGCGGUUGGUCGAGGCGUUUGAGGGGAGGUUGAAUGUUAAGGCUGUUCCCGGGGGUUUGACGACAAAGGAGUUGGCGGCGAUGGGGGUGGCUAGGGUGAGUGUGGGGCCGGCGUUGUUGGUCGCGGCGUUGGAGAGGGUUAGGGAGGUUGCUGAGGGGUUGCUGACGGAGUAA